AUGGGUAUCGAUCACACUUCCAAGCAACACGAAAGAUCCGGUCACAGAACCGCUCCAAAGUCUGACAACGUCUACUUAAAGCAAUUAGUUAAGCUAUACUCUUUCCUAGCCAGAAGAACUGAUGCUCCAUUCAACAAGGUUGUCCUAAAGGCUUUGUUCCUAUCCAAGAUUAACAGACCACCUGUCUCUGUUUCUAGAAUUGCUAGAGCUCUAAAGCAAGAUGGUGCUUCCGCUAAGACCAUUGUUGUUAUCGGUACCGUCACUGAUGACGCUAGAGUUUUCGAACUACCAAAGACCACUGUUGCUGCUCUAAGAUUCACCGCUGGUGCCAGAGCUAGAAUUGUUAAGGCUGGUGGUGAAUGUAUCACUCUAGAUCAACUUGCUGUCAGAGCUCCAAAGGGUCAAAACACUUUGAUUCUAAGAGGUCCAAGAAACUCCAGAGAAGCUGUUAGACACUUCGGUAUGGGUCCACACAAGAACAAGGCUCCAAGAAUCCUAUCCAAGGGUAGAAAGUUCGAAAGAGCUAGAGGUAGAAGAAACUCUAAGGCCUUCAAGGUGUAA